GUGAAACGAUCCUGUCCUCUCGGACCUUUCCCCAGGUCGGUGUGGAUCCACGAAGAUACUCCGCAGGACGCCUUGGACAGAAUCUGUUACGAAAUCUGGAAAAGAGUUCAAAGGAUAUCGACAGCAUCAGGACCGGUCACAAAAACCACCGGCCACUCGAAGGAAGGCUUAUCGACAACCCACCCUCAGAACCAAGACUCCGGUAUAAAUAACAAGGGUCUGCGUAUUAAUGAUUCCUCCUGUCUGCAACAAGAGGCAAUUGAAAGUUACAGCAGCGAGAGGGGAGCGGAGCGGACAAGAGAGUCUGUGAGGUGUCAUCAGGUGAACAACGACAUUUCACUGAUGGUCCAGCAGGAGUACCUGAGCCUGGUUGAGGAGUUCAUCUCUCACGCUGACUCACAAGGCAGCCAGAACCCGCAGGGACGCCAGGCAGAACGGGACUGCCCCCCCACCGGGACCUCGCUGACCCUCGCUGCCGAGGAGGUGAGGAGAAACAUAGAGAAGUACCUGAGGUCCGUCAUCCGGGGGAUUGAAUGCAUGCAGCAGAAGAGCAGGGGCUCCGGGGCUCAGGGGGCAUCUGCUCCUGAUUCUGCAGUCCACCCUCCCUCCCAGCGCCGGUCCCAGCCUGCCACCGCCUCCCCCUCUCCCUCUGUUUUAAACAGCGAGGGCUCCCAGCUCCUCUCCGAGUCCCCUCGGGAGCCCAGCGAGACUGGCCAGGCACCUGAUAACACGGUGGGGCUGGAGGAAGCCAAACUGAUCCGGGAUUUACUGCAGGACAGGAUCUUCCGCUCGGGCAGCUGCAGUGAGAGUGGUAACAGCGGCGGUCGCGAUCAGAGGGGCAGUGGCAGUGCCUGUUCCACCUCCUCCAUCACCACUCCCACCCCCUCCCCAGCAGAGGCCCAGGACAGCGAGAAGACCCCCCAGCUACUGCCAGUGUUUGCUAGACUCCACACCCCUGAGAAACAAAGGAAUGGGCUCCCCCAAUGCAUAGCUGAAUCUGAUUUGAAGACUGUCAGCAAACAUAUCCUGAUCACCAAAGAGACCCUUGCAGAGUUUCGUCUGCGCAUGUCGAACACCAGCCUGUUUGGAGGAGCCUGCCAGGGGUAAGACAUACCCGUGCCUU